AUGUCUUAAAUCAAUUUCGAGAAUGAAGGUUAUGAAUAUCAACCAUCUGAACAUUCAGAAAGAGAUUAGCCUACUCCUACUAAACCUAAUCAAUAACAAAUUCAAUAAUAAUAACAAAGAUUCACUCAAGAAUCACUUGUUUAUAGUGCUUGUAAAAAUAAAUUCAAAUCUUUUUUAGCAUCUUAAGAUACAAAUCGUAUCUUUUAAUCUGUAAGUUCUCCCAAUUUCUAAAAAGGACCACUAAUCUUAGUUAAUAAUGAACAAGAUUAACAAUAAAAUUAAGUUCUCCAACCAAAAUUGUAAGUUAGUAAUUAAAAUAUGCCAAAAGUUGUAUAGAUAAUAAGGCCAGAUAGUUCUAAAAAAUAAUCAUUAUAACCUUCAAGUCCUAUUAAAACACCAGUAUAAGAAUCAAAAUUACCUUAAUUUGUUUAACAAUCUUAAUAAUCUUAAAUGUCUUAACUUUCAUAGUAACAAUAACGUUAAUAAUAAUUAUAAUAAUAAUAAUCCUAAUAAUUAUCAUCAAGUAAUGUAGUAGAAUUAGAAUAAUAACUCAUGUAAGAAAGAUUAAAUUCUGAAUAAUUAAGAAUUUAUAAUCACAUUAUUAAAAUGGAAUUAGAGAAAAAGUUAUAUAAUUAGGGAGUGUUUAUAACUAAUUCUAAAAAUAAGAAAAAAAAUGAAAAUGCUAUUGAUAUCUAUUUAGAAUUAUAACACAAUAAAGUCUAAAUGUAAACCAUUUAAAAUGAAUUUAAAUAAAGAGAUUAAAUUAUUUAACAUUUAGAAAAUUAACUUAAAUAAUCUAAUUAAAUAAAUGAAUUGAUGAAAAAACAUGAAAAUGAAUUAUAAUAAUAAAAUGAAGAAUUAUCAUAAUCAAUGUAGGAUGCUAUGAAAAACAUUAAUCAUGCUAAUUAGACAAUUUAAUAAUAAGAAUAAGAAAAAGAUGCUUUAAUUGAUCAUAUAGAAUAAUAAAAAGAAUAAAUUGAUUAAUUACUUUAAUAAGUAGAAAAAUUGAAAUUUGAAAAUUAAGAAAGAAAAAAAUAAUCAGAGACAUCAAAUGAAUAAAUUAAAAAAAUGAUACAGAUUUAAGAAAAACUAGGUUAAUUGGAAGAAGAACUUUAAUUAAAAAAGAAUGAAAUUAUUACAGCAGACAAUUCAAAAAAAGUAAAAAUAAAAUUGAUUAUAUUAGCAAUUAUAAAAAAAUAUUUCAGAUAAAUAAAAAGAAAUUAUGAGUUUUUAAUUAUAAUUAACAGAAGCUAAUAAUAAAUUAUUAGAAUGUGAAUAAGCAAAUAGAGAAUUAAGUCGAUAAUUUAAUUAAAGUGUUUAUUAAAUGUCUUAACUUAAAAAGUAAAAAUUAAAAUAAUUUAGAUAAACUGAAGAAUAAUAAAGUAGAAUUGAAAAUUUAGAAUAGUUAAAUUAUGAAAUUGAAAGUAAUAUGACAAAAACAGGAAGAUAAAUUUGUGAAGCUGAUAAAAUGAUGAAUGAAAAAGAGUAAUUAAUUAAAAAGUAAUAACAUGAAUUAGAGAAUAUAUUAAAAUAAAAUGAAGAAAUGUCAAAAGAAUUUAAUUAAUUAGUUUAGGUUCAUUAAUAAUUUGGAGCAUUGAAUGAAAAACAUUAAUAAUUUUAAUAAAAAUAUGAAUUAUUAUAGAGGGAGUAUCAGUAAAGAAACAAAGAAUUUUAAGAGGCCUCUUAAUAAAUUGAAUUUUGUUUAUAAGAAAUUUAAUAAUUAAAAUAAACAAAUAAUGAACUAUAAAAUGAAAGAUAAUAAAUAUUAGAAGAACUUGAUGUUUUAUAGUAAUUUAAAUAUGAAUCAGAAAAAGCUAUUGAACAAUUAAAAUUUGAUAAUAAUGAAUUAUCAUUAUUAUUACAAGAGAGAUAAGAAUUAAGUGGUAAAUAUCAUGCUUUGGAAAUCAAAUUUUAAGCAGAUAUAGAAUAUUAUGAAAAGUAAAAUUAUAUAAUAAUAUAACUAGAACAAUAAAAGAUAUGAAUGAAAAGUUGGAAUUAUCUUAAAAUACAUCUCCAAAUAUUGCUUUGGAAGAAAGGAGACUAGUUGAAUUACAUAAGAUUUACGAAAAACUUGAUAGAUUGUUAUUUCAUUUAACAUCAAAAAUUUCAAAUGAAAAACCAUCUUUUAAGGUUGAUGUGGUAAUUUCAUAGUUAUCAGGAUCAAUUGAAUAAAUUGAAAAGUAUUUCAAAUUAUCAAGUAAUCGAUCCCAAUAGGAUAAAUUUUAAAAUUCUUAAGGAUCAUUGAUAAAUGAUCAUAAUAAAAUAAGUACAAUGAGGCCAUCUGAUGCAGAAAUAUUCAAAAGUAAUGACAUAACAAAUAUAAAAUAAAUCUAAACUUAAUAAACUGUUGCAAAAAGAAAAUAUUUUUUAUGA